AUGGCUCUAAGAGCCUAUUUUUCACGUAUCACCAAGCAAGACAUCAACAUCAAGCAUAGCCACUGUGUGACUGCCUCCGGCAAUUCGGACCCUUCUGCACGUGAUACCACGUUUAAUGAAUUUCUUGCCAAUUGUGAUGCCAGGUUCUUAACCGAACUCACCGAUUACCGUGCAAAAUUUAAUACUGAACUUACCUCACGCGACGAAAACUUUAUAGCGGAGAUCCAAAGAAUCUUGACAAUGCUUAAUACUUCUACUAUGUGUAAUGUUGUAUCGGCUGAUAUUCUUAAGCUUGGGAUGGGAGCAAUUGGAAAAGAUACAAUAAAGAGUUUUUACAAUGGGGGUAAUAUAAGAAGCGAAAACUUAGAAAAGAUAGGUGCUUGGAUAGAUAACAGUUACACCACUACUGAGUAG